ACUGGCUUGCUGCAGACAGAGUACCCGCAGCUCCGCUGAAGGCUGAGCAGGAACAGACUUUGAGGAAGUGCAGGGAGCGCUGGAGGGCCGGGGCCAGGUUCCCACCAUCUGUGAGACAGUGCUGGGAGGCACGCGCCGCCCUAGUGAUGCGGGGCGGAGCCUGGGUGCGGCUGGUGACCGGGUUAAUGCUCCUGGUCCUGGGAGAAGGCCAGCAAGCUCAGGAGUGCUCUCCUGGGGGCCACCAUCUUCUUCAGAGUCCCUACAGAAGCGUGCACUUUGACUCAGUAUACCGCCAGCAAUCAGCUGCUCAAGACCUGAUCUGUGACCAUUCUCUCACCCCUGGAUGGUACCGAUUUCUCAUCUUUGACAGACCUGCAGAGAUGCCAACCAAAUGUGUUGAGAUGAACCGCUGUGGAACCCAGGUUCCCAUCUGGCUGUCUCUGAAUGGCUCAGAAACACUGCCUCUUCCUGGGGAGAUCAAGAAACUGACAGCUUGUGCCACUUGGCAGUUUUUGUUUAGCACUAAAAAAGACUGCUGCCUCUUUCAAAUCCCCGUGUCUGUAAGAAACUGUGGCGAUUUCUUUGUGUACUUCCUACAACCCACACAGGGAUGUAUGGGCUACUGUGCUGAAGCUAUUUCUGAUGUGAAGUUUCACACCUGUGGCCCUGGAGAAACGGAAACUGGAGGUGGCUGUGGAGGCCAGCUCUCCAUGCUGCCUCCCCCACCUCCAGGCAGGCCAAAGGUCACCGCAGAGCUGGUCGGUUCUCAGGUAGUUUGUAGGUGUGCUUUUGAUGUUUCCCCUGUGAACAACUCUGUAGGCUUUCUCAUAGCCUGGUCUAGGCUUUCUUCCCAAGAAAUCAAAGAAGAGCUGAGACAAGAAAGCACUGUUCAGGCAUUCUCGCUUUUAGAAUUUGAUGGCAUAAAUCUCAGACUUGGAGACAGGAUAUUCUGCAGUGCCUCCGUCUUUUUCUUGGAGAAACCUGAUGUGCAAAGUAUAGCUGUCGAAAGCCAGGGAUUUUUUGCAGGAAUUAAGUUAAAACCUGAACUAAGCACUAUACUAGAAGAUGGAAAGGAACACCAGCUGAGGAUAGAGAGUACAGUCCCUAUUGUUUGCUCUGAAUUUAGUGAGCUUGAUCAAGGAUGCAAAAUCUCACUAAAACUGAGAACUGUCGAGCAAGAUAAGGAGCACCUAGGCUUAAAUUUGGCAUUGUCUUCCUGCCACGUGGACCUUCACCAGGAUUCUUGUGCCAAUGGCAUAUGCAGCCACGCUAUAGUGUACUACGCUGCUGUGACAGACCCUUCCCGGGAUGGAGAGAGAGUCACACACGUCCUUGUGGACCCAAUAGUUAACGAUGUUUACCUGUGGGACAGAUACACUCCCGACAGCGUCCAGAUCAAAGUCAAGGACGUCCCAUCUGCUUACUGCUAUUCAUUCACUGACCCACACAUAAUCACCUUUGAUGGCAGGGCAUAUGAUAACUUCCACACUGGAACAUUUGUGCUUUAUAAAAGUAUGUCGCGGGAUUUUGAGAUCCACAUACGUCAGCGGGACUGUGGGAGCCUUCACUAUCCAGUGUCAUGUAACUGUGGCUUUGUUGCAAAAGAAGAAGGGGACAUCGUUACCUUUGACAUGUGCAGUGGCCAAUUACAUGAAUCCCCACCGCAGUUAUAUGUAAAAAGCCAAGAUCCAUCAUCAAACAAUAUCAGAAUAACUGAAGCUUAUUUGGGAAGAAAAGUCACGAUUUGGUUUUCCUCUGGAGCGUUCAUCCGGGCUGACUUCAGUGAGUGGGGUAUGAGUAUAACGCUCAGAGCUCCCAGUUUAGACUACGGAAGCACGUUGGGGCUUUGUGGCACCUUCGAUGAAAACCCAGAAAACGAUUUCCAUGACAAGAACGGGAACAAAAUUGAUCACAACGUCAACAGUUAUAUUACUUUUAUCAAUGAAUGGAGGCUUUUACCAGGGAGAAGCAUGUUUGACAAAAUCCCAGCUUCCCCGCAGCUUCCGGCGAAACCAUCUUACUGUGGCUGCUGGUUGGGUACCGCCCUGCAGCACGGGCUCGCUAACCAUCUGGACAGCAGAUCUCACUUAGAGAUGGCUUCCAGCUGCAAAGACAUAAAGCACAUCCAAUCUUCUUCCUUGAUACCAGACCUAGACAUCACCUCUGAAUACAUCAGUUCAGAAGCUCUUCUUGGAAAAGUAAGCACUCAUGUAGCCGAGGAAGGAAAUAAUUUGAAUUUCUUACUACAAGAAAAUGCCCACACAAACCUAACAAAACUGGAGUUAAAUUUACAGCGUCCUGGGAAUGAGACACAAAAUCCACCAAACCGUUUGAGCAGCGAGAGGCACACACAGGGCCAGGAAAUGAGGAGGAAUCUACAAAACAGAUGGAAACGACAAAACUUAAAGGAUUUUCCUCCCAAGCUUUCUUUCCAGAGUCUUGGACAAGCCAACCUGGGAGAGCUUUCUUAUUUUUUCCCUGAGGACCACACUGAGGUCAGCCAGCAGGAGUUCGUCCCCUCAUGGCCCACAGCAUCGGGCCUCACUGAGCUCAGCAGCCGGGCCCUCUGCGAGCAGACUCUCGCCAACUCCAGCAUCGGAAGGCUCUGUCUCCCGUUUCUUGGUAGGAUGCUAAACCACGUUACGGACAUGUGCGUGAAGGAUAUUCUGUUGAAGGACGACGUGAGCUGGGCAGAAGCAGGCGUGGCCCUGUUAGAAAAUGAAUGUGAGAGGCGGGUUUUAGAAGAAGGAAAACACUACAGUGAAGACUACAGGAAGUCAAUAGGAGGCAUUCUCCAAGUGUUAAGAUGCCCCAAUUCGUGCAGCGGACACGGGCGGUGUGUGGAGUGGGGCUGCGCGUGUUUCCCGGGCUACCGCUCCUAUGACUGCAGUGAUUCAAACGACGUAGCUCCUGAAAUUACAGAGCUUGAAAACGCUGGAUUCUGUGAUAUCCAGAAGCAGAAUUGUGACACAGUGAGAGUUUUUGGUCAGGGCUUCAAAGAUUCGCCAUCCAUCAAGUGUGAAGUUACUAAACUGGAGUAUAAUGGCAAUGAGUGGGUACUUGGAGCAAGUGUCUACACAGAGACAGUGUUUCAAAAUAGCAGAGUGGUUGGCUGUCGGCUGCUCACAGAUGGCCAGCAUUCUGAUGCCAUGGAUCUGAGGGCGGAGAAACCCUUGACAAAGUUGCAACUAAAGGUAUCUAAUGAUGGUUAUGCAUUCAGUAAUCCCAAGAUAAUGAUCAUAUAUAAUGGCACUUGUCAAGUUUGUGGUUCCUAUGGAGAUGACUCAUGCACUGUGAAGGAUAAUGUUUGCGUGAUUGAUGGUCUCUGCUACACUGAAGGGGAUAAAAAUCCUAUCAGUUCUUGUUUGAUUUGUAAACCCCAAGUUUCAAAUUCGACAUGGUCAGUUUUAGACAAUAAUCAGCCUCCUGUGAUCCAAAUUCUGCAAGACAAGUUACAGGCAUUUUAUGGGGAAGACUUUGAAUACCAGCUCACAGCCUGGGAUCCGGAAGACUCUGAGAUACAUUUUACACUGGAUUCUGGUCCUGCUGGAGCAGGUGUUUCUUCUGAAGGACUUCUGACAUGGAAAACAGAGUCACAGACUCCUCAGAAAUUCACUCUCCGUCUUAAGGAUGACUGUGAGGCUGAAACUACAGUCACAAUGGAGGUGACUGUGAAGUCUUGUGACUGCUUGAACGGUGGAUCAUGUGUGUCUGAUAGAAAAUUUCCUCCUGGAAGUGGAGCAUACCUGUGCCUCUGCUUGCCUGGUUUCCAUGGCAGUCUUUGUGAAGCUGAUGCCAGUGGGUGCCAGUCAAACCCUUGUGGCCUUGGCAAGUGCAUUAGAGGAUUACAGAGUUACUCCUGUGACUGUCCUCCCGAGUUCACAGGCAAGAACUGUGAGAGAGAUGUUGAUGAGUGUGAGUCAUGGCCUUGUUUCCCAGGUGUGGAGUGCCUCAAUAUGUUUGGCUCCUAUCAUUGUGCUCCAUGUCCAAAAGGAUUUCAUGGUGAUGGAAAAACAUGUCAUGAUUUGAGUUUUCAACCAUCAUCAAAGAAGCAUUUACUAACGAGUCCAAGUUUUACUCAGAGUCCGGCAACAACUUCCAAUGAGUUCUUAACCUCAAGAGGCACCUCUCCCUUGUCAAUAAAGUCAGUUACAGCUCAAAUGGAUAAUACAAAGAAAGGUGUUUCUCACCAAGGUCCAGUUUAUAAGUAUGUGGAUCAUGUUCUCAGUACAAAUUUUACUGUUGACGAGCUAGAAAUUCCUGCGCACAAUGGUAGUUUCUUAAAGAUCAGUCGUAACGGUUCUUUCGGUCACGUAAGAGAAGCUGUCCAGAGCGCUCUUCAGACAAAGACAGGAGGGAAUAAUGCUCAUACCAGCAAACAGUUCCAACAUUUUACUGGGCGUGAGCUUAUAUCAUUGGCUACUACAGCAAUCACUAUAUCGCCAGAAAAGCUUGGAUCAGCGAAAAGAUCAAAUUGCACCGAUUCGUCUUGUUUCCUGGGUGUUUCCUGUGUGCCAACCACAGGUGGUCACUUCAAGUGUGGACGUUGCCCCUUUGGGUAUUAUGGAGAUGGUAUCAAAUGCAGAGCAUUUUGUAGACACUCAUGUGGAAGAAAUAGGGAAUGUGUUGCCCCAAACAUAUGCAAAUGUAAACCUGGUUACACUGGUUCCAACUGCCAAACUGCCAUCUGCCAACCUGUUUGCAAAAAACACGGAAAAUGCAUUAAGCCUAACAUCUGUGAAUGUCCUCUGGGGCAUGGUGGAGCAACCUGUGAUGAAGAUCACUGCAGCCCUCCUUGCCAACAUGGGGGCACAUGCUUGCCUGGCAAUCUCUGUACUUGUGCUUAUGGCUUUAUAGGACCAAGGUGUGAGACACUGGUCUGUAACAGGCACUGUGAAAAUGGAGGCGAAUGUGUUGCACCAGAUAUUUGCCAGUGCAAGUCCGGCUGGUAUGGACCCACCUGUAGUGCAGCUCUAUGUGAUCCCGUUUGUCUCAAUGGUGGUUCCUGUUAUAAGCCAAACACUUGCCUCUGCCCUGAUGGUUUCUUUGGUACACAGUGCCAGAAUGCUGUCUGUCACCCUCCCUGUAAGAACGGUGGCCUCUGCAGGAGAAAUAACGUGUGCGCCUGUCGUGGAGGGUACACUGGAAAGAGAUGCCAAACAAGCGUCUGUGAGCCUUUGUGCAUGAAUGGCGGAAAAUGCGUGGGACCGAAUAUUUGCUCCUGUGCUUCUGGCUGGAGUGGGAAACAGUGCAACACACCAAUCUGCCUUCAGAAAUGCAAAAAUGGUGGUGAAUGCAUAGCUCCCAGCAUGUGCCAUUGCCCUUCCACCUGGGAAGGGCUGCAGUGUGAGAACCCUAUCUGUGCUCAGAAGUGCCUUUAUGGAGGAAGAUGCGUGUCUCCUGGUGUCUGUUCUUGCCGCGCUGGAUACUCUGGAGUCAAAUGUGAAAAGAGGAUACAGGUGAAACAUCAUUGAGAAGCGUACUAUUUACAAGCCUCUAUCAUUAGAAAUGAGACUUCAUUCAGAAAGAGUUGAAGAUAACUUUGGAAGUUUAUUUGAACAUUGCUUUAAAAUAUUAUAAAGACCAAAGAAACUAGUAAAAUAUGGAAUGAUCUAAGCUGUCAGUAUUAGAGAAAAGCAAAGCAAGAACUCCAAGUAAUUUGAAUUUUACUUUGAAGUGUGGUUUGAUAUUUACAUAUUAAGUUGAUGUUUCUGCUAACACCAUAUUUACAAACUUGUGGCUUUCUCAGUUCCAGCUGUGACUAUGUCUGUAUCAGAGGUCAGUCAAAAUGACACGGCACUUGAUGUCUUGCAGACACACAAUGCUUAGUGCACAAUUAGAUAUUGUCAGGGCUUUUAUAAGGAUUGGACGUGAAGAUGAAGAGCUAGAGGCUGGGAAAGCAGCUGCUGUAGGCCUGAGAGCUUGAUCCUGAGUGUUUCAGCCUAAAGCGCCAAACCAGUACAUCCUAGAACACUGAUCCUCAACCUGUGGGUCACAACCCUUUUAGUGGUUGAAUGAUGCUUUCGCCAGAGUUGCAUAUCCGAUAUCCUGCAUAUUCGAUAUUUACAUUACAAUUUAUUAAAAAUU